CACCGUAAUAAUAUGGCUGCUGCUAAACUUCCACCGCAAGUAUUGGAAGCAUUGUUUUCUUAUAUAGACAUAUCUGAUCUACGUAAUUGUGCUCUAGUGUGUAAGAAUUGGUACAAAUAUCUAAAUGAUGAGAACAACGAUGUAUGGCGAUUUAAUUGUGUGCGAAAACUCGCAGAAGAAGCAUUGAAAUCGGACGUUCUAAAAAAUGUCCCCACAUACAAAGCGAAAUUACGGGCAUUUUACCAUGCGUGGAACCCGAGUGACUGUUCGAGAAAUAUGUAUGUAAAACAGAAUGGGUUUACAGUGCAUCGGAACCCAGUAGCACAAAGUACGGACGGUUCUCGGGGUAAGAUAGGGUUUCGAGCCGGUCGACACUGUUGGGAGAUAUGGUGGGAAGGGCCGUUGGGAACAGUAGCUGUGAUAGGACUAGCAACCAAAAAUGCUCCCAUUCAGUGUCAGGGCUACGUUAGUCUGCUUGGCAGCGACGAUCAAAGCUGGGGAUGGAACCUUGUAGACAAUCAUCUCAUUCACAAUGGAGACAACCAAGGAAAUUACCCAACGUUAAACAAUGCCCCUAAAUAUCAGGUUGGAGAACGAAUAAGAGUUAUAUUAGAUUGUGAUGAUAAUACACUAGCUUUUGAGAAAAAUUAUGAAUUUUUAGGGGUUGCGUUUCGGGGUUUACCUGACACGCCGCUGUACCCGUCCGUGUCUGCUGUUUACGGAAACACGGAAGUGUCGAUGGUGUACCUCGGGCCUCCACUGGAUGGAUGACACGCUUCCACAUGUUUUAGUAGGAUUUAUAACUAAUUGUAUUCUGACAAGCAUCUCAGUGAAUGUGACUUGUGUUGUGACAAGAGUACGGAUUGGGCUGACCAUGGAAACCAGAGAACAGCUAUAUUGACAUUUGGGUUCAACUCACGUAACCUUGUCUGCAUUUCACCUUAAUACAGGUGUGACGUUAUCGAAUAUCAGUACAAUUGAAAUGCACAGCAAGUCAUGCUCUUUUUUAUCGACACAUGUGCCUCAUGCAUCAGCAUGGUACCAUAAAUGUAAGGCUACACAUGUAAACGACAUGACUUGAGAAUAAUUUGGGUGUGUUUAACUUCGAUACAAAUGAAACCGAACACAAGUGCACAGCACAUAUAUAUAUACAUAAAACUUAUGUAUACUGCUAGAUAGACCCAGUAGUGCUUCAUAGAUAAUCAGGUGGAACUGUUGUGUGGAAGAAGAGAGCAUGUAUGUGAAAUGAUUGACAUUUAUGUUUAUCUGAUAUGUGACGUCCAUAAUGUGCUUUAGAAUGCACAAGUUACCUCCCUUGAAUUCAUGUCAAGUCACUACAUAAUAUAUUCAGUGGCGUAUACAUAUACGUAACAAUGUACAUUUCUUAUCCCAAACUGGAACAAUUAAGUGGGGUUUAUUUCAGACAGUUAAUAGAUACAAAUUUUACUUGAUCAAUGUUUUAUUUUUUCAAUCUCACAAAUAUGUAUUCAUGAUAGGUUUAUUUUGUUUUGCUCAGAAGGGAAGACGGUUAGAAAUGAUAACCCCAACUCGCAUUCACUGUAAACCUAUAAUAGCACACAGCACAUGCUGCACUAUCCAGAACAUGUCAAACGAGACAAAGUAUUCCCACUAUACUACCAAAUGUGAGAAUAUUUUAUUUUCAACCAAUGCUUCAAAUUCAACAAUCUGAAUUUUUUUCUUUUAGAUUAUGAACAUGGCAGUGUAAUUUUCCUAUGUGAGAUCGAUGAUGCUUCAAAAUAAUGAUAUGAAAUUCUUUUUUAAAUUAUUACAUUAUAUUGCUUACAAGUAAUCCUAUCUUGACUGUUUCAAAUUUGUAUGUAUUAAAAAGGCUCGAAAGUUUUCCAAACUUGAAAUUUUGAGAUUUUACUUUUACCUAUUUUUGUAAAAACAAAUCCUCAAAACUUGUAAGAAUUGGAUUUCAUCCCAUUUUUCUAGCUUUAACUCUGAAAAUAAAAUAUAUUUAGGGAAAUAAAAACAAACUGGCUGUUUUAUGACAAAAUUCCUUAGACUAGCAGCCAGGUGGCAUGGUGUUCCCAUAGAUUUUAUUGGAAAUUAUUUGUCAUAUCUAGAUCUGUAGGUAAUUUUAUAAGGAGGUGUGCCAUGGGGGUACAUGAGUGGCAUUCCUGGAGUUUAUGGAUAAUUUUUUUUUUUUUUUUUUUUGCUUUAUUAGAAUUGUUUCAUUUAAUCACAAAAUCAGAAUGUACUGUGAAUGCUGUUUUUUAGGGUAUGAAAAUUUGCAGUUUUAUCUGUUUUUGUGGAAAGUUAUAUGUAAUUGACCAAAACGCAUGAUUCUUGGACCAUCAUUUCCUGUUUUGAAUUUUAGUUAUAUUCGUGAUGCAUUGUUUCUCUAGCUAGUUGCACAAUUUUAUAUUCAGGGCAUAUUCUAUAAUGAAAAAAAAAUAAAGAAAAUUUGCCUGUCAAAAAUAGCAUCUACAGUAUAUAUACCAUAUAGUUUCAUCGACCGAUUUGUAAGCAUGUCAUUUUGAUAGACAAUAUAGAAACAUUAGGCUUGAUCCGAUUGGAAAUCUCAGGGAUAAAUUUUGGUUAUUAACUUGAAAUGAACAUUCCAGAAAUUCAUGUUUUCUUCAACAAUUUCCAACAUCUUUUAUACAUUUACCCAAUAUUUGGAUCUGUUUAUAAAUAAUUUAUAUAACAUCAUCAAUGCAAGUCUGUGGUGUGGUUGAGAUUAUAAUCAUGAUAUUGUUCUCUUAUUUUAAGACAUCUCCUUCAAUUCAUACCAGUUAUAAUCCAAUCAGACUAUUGGUAGUAUAUAGCAUUCGUGAAGUGUAACUGUAUGGCUAAAGCUCUGAUCUAUGGUUUCUACCGCCACAGUUACGUGCAUGUAUGUGUCCUAAUUUUGUGUUUGAGCUUAUUUUAUAUGGUAUCCACUUUUCACUGGAAUCAUGGGGGGAAAUGUGUACACUGUUAUAAUUUCUAGAAAUAAAAACAAAGAUAUUUAAAUUUUAAAAUUUCAAUUUAUCAACAUUUAAAGCACUUUUUUCAUUCUUCAAAAAUAGAAAAAUGUAUUGUUAUUGAAAUUGAAUGUAUUGGACAUUUUUUAUCAUUGUUUUUAUAUAAUCGUUAAUAUAAACAUAUAUUUUCAUCUUAAGAAGAAUGAAUUCACUUUUGGGGGUUUCAAUCAAGAGUAAUAAACCCACUUUUGCAUUUUACUGCUGAAUAUAUGUGUUUUUGAAGAGUUUAUUUGUUCUUUUCUUCAAAGUAGUGUGAAUAAUUUUGUGGUGAAGUAUAUACAGAGUGCACGUGCCAGGGAUGAAAAAUAAUCAAUGUUCUAAACACAUCAAUAAUCUAUCUAAAGAACUAUUGUUAUUGUGUGUGGUAUUUUAACAUGAUUGAAUGUUUGAUGGGGUGUAACAUCCUUGUUCCGGUUAUAAAUGAGCCUAGUAUUGUGAAAAUGUGUGUUAAUUAUAAAUGUACCAUAAGAAGUGUUUAUGAAGUAAAUGUAAGUUUCAAUUUUCAAAAUCAAUUAAAGAGAUUUGAUUGUAAAUUCAAUACACUAUCACAACCAGUAUUGGAUUUUAAGCGUGACGUUUCUGUGACUACACUCGCCUUCAUCAGACUAAGGACCAGUGAACCUUACAUAUAUAUAUAUAUAUGUAAACUAUAUAUGUAAACUGAGAUGUACAACGUUUUGAUCACAUCUAAAGAAAAUAAAAAAAUU